UGUUUUAGUAAGUGACCCACCUCGCGAGUUUCAAGGAGAUAUCGCAAAUAAAAGAUCGCCUCGUCGACAGAAGAAUUAUGACAUAGAAACUUUAACUGUCUGAAGAUUGUAAAGAUUUACUAUAGUUACCAAAACUAUGGAAGUUAACAACACGCUUCGGGCACCAGCAGAGGUUCGGCCUCCAAGAACGGGUCAGGUCGGUCCGGAAGCGCUCGGUGCGUCGCAACUGCCGCCACGUCCACCGCUCACCAGAGUCGAUUCAAGAUCUGCCUUCCCGCCACAACUUCAGAGGCCUAACCUCCCGCCUCAAACUCAACAGAGGCCUCAAUUUCAGCCAGGAGGCCCAGUCACCAGCCCCCCACAAUUCGUACCUCGUCCAGGAACACCGGCGCCUAGGGGCCCAGUGCUGUCAGGUCCACCAGGCGCACAACCAAGACCACAAACACCAAACCUUCGUCCUGUCGGACCUCAAUCUUUUGCACCACAACAAGGACCUAGGCCACUCCAGUCACCUACGUCAGGCCAACCACCACAAAGAGUUCCUCCACCAAACAAUCUUCAGUUCGGACCGAGACAGCCUCCACAAUUUGGUGGUACAACCACUCCUGAUGGUGCUAGGCCGCAAUUAAUACAGCAAGCUAACGGAGCACCUAGAAACGGAGGACCACAAAGUCCGGUACUAACAAGUGGACAAAUCCCACGACAGCCGUCACAAGGCUCUUUACGAGGUUUGGAUUCUAACAAUUCAUACCAAAAUAAACCAGUCAACCUGGAGAAUCAAAGCGCACAUAAUACCUACCAAAAUGCCGCUAAGCCGGAAAAUGGCGGUGACUUGGCAGCCAUGGCUAAAACCAGAAGUUAUAGUAUCGCAGCAGCUCCAGGAGCAAUCAGUCCACUUAAAGUGGAAGAUGAUAGGCGAAAAUCUGUCAGUGGGAUCGGAAGCAGAGUUGAUGAAUUUGCCAAUCGCUCCCCGGGUCUUGGUUUGAUUCAAGAAGGAAAAGUUGAGAGCAAAGAAAAUAUGCGUAGCUCUAAAGAAAGUGUCAGAUCAGAAGCGUCAAACGAUGGAAAUAGGGAUUUAUCAGAACGACCAGAGUCACGUUUAUCUGGAUCUAGAAUGACAGAGUCACUUAUUGGUUCUUUGGGCGAUACCACCCCAAAAAAAAAGUUUGAUGAUAAUGACGAUGUGGUGCUUCAAAGUAACAUAACAUCAGGUAGAACUGAAACAGCAGGUAUUCCAAAUCCAAAGAAUUCGUUAGAUCGUUCACCAUCUUUGACCCGUAGCGACGAUUCUCCAGAACUUAAACAAAACAUUACUCCAAACAUAGGGCUAUUAAAUAAACCACAAAAUACUAUCCCAGAACCACAACAGCCGAAAACUCCUAAGGCUGAGAUGAAGCAAGAGAUAAAACCAGAGUUAAAACCAGUUCCUCAGAAAACCCCCAUGCAAGAACCGAAACCUCAUCAAGUACAGAAAAAACCUAAUGAGUUGAACACGUCCGGAAUUUCCGCUGAUAUAAAGAAAUCAACUCCACGCAAAUCUGCAUCUGCACCUAAAUCACGUAAUAAAGAUGGUGACAACGAUAGUGGCGUUGAUGAGUCUACGCAAGGAAAUGAUCUCAACGGCUCUCCCGGUUCACCCAAUAAGAAAAUCCCGAGUAAACUACCUACUAAGGAAAAGUCGAGCAACAGCCUUAGACAAAAUCUGUCAAGGUCUUCAAGCAAAAGCGCUGCUGCUAAAACUCCAGACACACCACCUCCAGCCGAAAAGAAGAAAGUGCCCAUGAACAAAAUUCAAGUAGGCAAUGCUCCAUCACCUAACAUAAAAGCUGUUAAGUCAAAGAUCGGCUCCUUGGAGAACGCUACGUACAAACCGGGUGGUGGUAAAGUUAAGAUUGAAAACAAGAAAAUCGAGUUUGGAAAUGUUACUCCGAGAAUUGCAGCCAAGAAUAAUACUUAUGUGCCUGGUGGCGGUUCAAAGAAGAUUCUUUCAACAAAAUUGGAAUGGAACGCCAAAUCAAAAAUAGGAUCUCUGGAAAAUGCUACGUACAAACCAGGUGGUGGUGACAAGAAGAUAGAAACAGUGAAACUGGACUUCAAAGACAAAGCGAAGCCAAAGGUUGCUUCUACAGCGAACAUCACUCAUAAGGCGGGUGGCGGAAACGUCAAGAGUCCAUUGCCACCGGUGACGCUGCCUCCGAGAUCGGACGAAAAUCUGAAUCAACAGCAGUGUUAAGAACAUUCUGGAGACUUCAGAGUCGAUCAAUUCUAACCAAGAGUCCAAACAUUUGUAUAUUUUUUAUAUUUGUUGACAUAGUAUAUUUGAUAUGGUUUAUUCUACCCUGUUUGAGUGAUUUAGAUGCGUUUGUUUUUAACUAAACGAUUGUUAGUGAUUUUGGUAACAUUAGUGUCAAUAAUUUAUGGCAUAUCCUUCUAGACCAAUAAUCUAUCGAUGCGGUUAGGUACAUGCGAGUUUUUGUAGACGGUGCAAGUUUGACUUCAUUGAUAAAAUUGAUAUUGUUUUGUUAAUUACCGUACGUAGGUAAAUUUUCGUAAGUGCCAAUAGGAAUUAGUAUCUUAGGAUACCCUUUGCUUUUUAUGUCAUUACUGUAACACGUUUCAAUGUUCUUUGUCUGUACUGUAAUAUAUUUUACGUCUUAGCAAAGUACGUUGUCUAUUACACAUCAUUGUUAUACCUAUCUAUUUAUUUUAUUAUUACUUACAGUAAAUUCACCAUUACCCAUUAAAAGUACCUAUCAAUAGAUGCACUACGUAAUCUAGAGAUACAUUAUAUUAAUUUGAUUGAGUGUACUCAGACUACAAUACUUAAAAUAAAUAUAGUAUGUAUUUUGUAUAUACUUAUAUUAUUUACCUAGUGUAUCUCGUAAAUAGAUCAAUACUGUUUAUCACUUUUUUGUUACGUUCAAUGUAUUUGUAGUUGUAUGCACUUGCCGUAUAAGCUAAGCUGUAUCUACGAGUAUAAGUAUAAUUUGGAGUGCUUUAAUGUAUUGGGCAGUUCUUGACACAGCACCAGGUCUGAAUAAAAUUUGUGAUAAUAUUAACAUUUAGACUUUUACAGCUAGUUUAGCUUUCUCUUAACGUCUAUAGACUACGCUUUCUGUUUUACAAACAAUUAAUUGUAUUUGAUAACACUUUUUAAUAUUUUAUAAAAGUGCUGUGACGAGAAUAUUGCGGGCUCGAGAAUGACUGACCAGAUUUUUAUUAUUAGAAAUAUACCUACAUGUUUUAAUGUAACUAUGAUAAUAUGAUUAGAUCUAGAUAGCGCGUAUUAAUUCAAUGUUAAAUGCUUUGUGUCACAAGGUUUACUUUGCAUUUUUUCGAACCACUUUAAUAAUUUAAAGCGUUAUAAUUUUUAUUUAAUUUCUUUUAUAUACUUACCAUUGUUUAGUUUUUGUUUUACCAUUAGUAAUACGCCUGUAUUUACGCAUCUCACUGGGAUAUUUAAUAAAAUUUUUCAGCCAUAUACCUACUGGUUAUUGUAGACUUCGAUAAGUAAGUACUUUUAGUAUUUUGUGAAAUCAACCGACAUACAAUGUAAUUGGAGAAUUCUUUAAUACAAUUUAACACGAGUGAUUUUGUUUAAUUUAUAAC